GUGUAGAUGUUUUAUAUCCAUUGUAUAUUCAGUCAUGUAGGGAGAUACUUUUUACACCACAAUUAUAAUGUGAAAUGUGGAAAAUGGUGAAAACACUUUUUGCUGGUUGUAAUGAAUUGUAAUAAAAGGGUAAUGUAUGAAUUUCCACCUGCAUCACCACUUGCUCUCUCUCUCUCUCAAGUGUGAUUGGUCUUUAGAAACACAGGAAGUGUUGAGGCUUUAACACAGACAAUGCUCAUUCAGUCAGACAUCAGUGUGACAGGAUGGAGCUCCGUCCACUCUGUGUGUUUCUCUUGCUGAUGGGACUCAUCCACUGCACAACAACAGAAAAACCUAAACCUGAACUCACAUCAAGCCUUAAAGGAGCUGCACUUACAGGAAACUCAGUGACUCUGUACUGUACACUGAAGCUGCAGUCUGAUGGAUGGAAGUUUUACUGGAGCAAUCACACACAGAGCACUGAGACUGAGACUGAAGCUGAAACAGACUUCUACACUACUACUACAUACAGCUCAGUUAGAGUCUCUGAUGGAGGUCAGUACAAGUGCAGAGCUGGAAGAGGAAACCCAGUCUACUACACAGACUACAGUGAUGCACUCUGGGUAAAUGUUAUUGAGAGUCCUAAACCUGUGGUGAUUAUAAAGCCUGAUACACAGGUGUUCAGAGGAGAGAGAGUGACUUUCAGGUGUGAAAUACAGGGAGGAGACACGGAUUGGACGUACGACUGGUAUAGGGACGAUAACACAUUCUACACAUACCACACAACACUGGAGUUCAUCAUCAGUGAUUAUUACAGUGGUAAAUACACCUGCAGAGGGAGGAGGAGAAGUGACUCUCAGAUCUCAAAGACGAGUGAUCCUGUUACACUCACUGUAUCAGAAAAACCCAAACCGACUGUGAGAGUAAAUCCUCAGAACCCCGUCUACACUGGAGACAGAGUUACUCUGACCUGUAAUCUGCUGUCUACUGGAUGGACUUUUCUCUGGUACAAAGAUUAUCAGGAAUCAAAUCCCCUGUCUCCUGGAACCAGAAACACCAACACACUCAGUGUAACAGUCACUAAUGAAGGAGAAACACAGUACUACUGUAAAGCACGCAGGGGAAACUACGACUCAGCGUACAGUGAUCCAAUCACAAUUACAGUGAGAGCGAGACCAAAGCCUGUAGUGAAAGUACAGCCAGCUGAGCGUGUGUUCAUUGGGGAAAACGUCACUCUCACAUGUGAGAUACAGACUGGAGAAUCCUGGCGUUACCUCUGGUAUAGAAAUAAUAAAGAACUCAGUGAUGCUGCAGGAAAGAAAACACACACAAUCACUGAUAUUGGAGAGUCUAAUAAGGGUGAUUAUACAUGUAAAGGAACACAGUCAUCAGACAGAUACACACAGACCAGUGAUGCUGUUACACUGACUGUAUCAGUAGAAAAACCUAAACCUCAACUCACAUCAAGCCUUAAAGGAGCUGCACUGACAGGAAACUCAGUGAUUCUGUCCUGUACACUGAAGCCGCAGUCUGCUGGAUGGAAGUUUUACUGGAUCAAACCCACACAGAGCCGUCAGACUGAGACUGAAACACACUCCUACACCAUCAGCUCAGUUAGUGUCUCUGAUGGAGGUCAGUACAGGUGCAGAGCUGGAAGAGGAAACCCAGUCUACUACACACACUACAGUAAUGAACUCCAACUAAAAGUUAUUGAGAGUCCUAAAGCUGUGGUGACCAUAAAGCCUGAUAAACAUGUGUUCAGAGGAGAGACUGUGACUCUCAGAUGUGAAAUACAGGGAGGAGGAGACACUGAGUGGACAUACAGCUGGUAUAAGAAAGAUUACACUCUCCACCCAUCCCGCACAACACAGGAGUUCAGCUUCAGCUCAGUUAUAACUGAUAACAGUGGUGAAUACACCUGCAGAGGGAGGAGAAGCAGUGACUCUCAGAGAUCAGAGAUCAGUGAUGCUGUUACACUCACUGUAUCAGAUGCAGCAGAGGCAGUAGUGAGUGUGUCUCCACUGCGCUGGCUGACUGAAGGAGACUCAGUGACUCUAAGCUGUGAGGUUAAACACUCCUCUACAGGCUGGACAUUCAGCUGGUACACUGCUGUUCCCUACAGAAACGGCUUAAUUGAAGUAACAGGCAGUCGUGGCAAUGUCUUGUAUGGUUUAGAGCUUCUCUCAGACAGCAGCAGAGGAUCUGGAGGCUCCUACACUCUCACUAAUGUUACUGUGAAUCACACAGGAGUUUAUAUGUGCAGAGCAGAGAGAGGACAAAAAGUCUUUCACACACGGUACAUCAACCCACAGCCACUGUGCAUCACUGGUGAAUCUCCUCCAGUGUCUCUGAUCAUCACUCCCAGCAGAACUCAACACUUUACUGCUGACUCUCUCUCACUGAGCUGUGAGGACCAGAGUGACUCUACUGGAUGGACAGUGAGAGGAUACACACACAGUGAGGAACUCUUUGAUUGUUCAUCAGUUUCAGGAUCUACAUGUAACAUCAGCCCCCUCUCUACAUCACACACUGGAGUUUACUGGUGUCAGUCUGAAUCUGGAGGACGCAGUAAUCCUGUCAACAUCACAGUGCACAAUGGUGAUGUGAUCCUGGAGAGUCCUGUCCAUCCUGUAACUGAGGGACAUCCUCUGACUUUACGCUGUUUACAUCGCAACUCAAAGAUCUCAGACUCUGGUGUUGAUUUCUAUAAAAAUGAUUCAGUUCUCCAGUCCCAGACUACAGGAGAGAUGACCAUCAGUACUGUCUCAAUGUCAGAUGAAGGUUUCUACCACUGUAAACACCCAGAGAGUGGAGAGUCACCGAAAAGCUGGAUUUCAGUCAGAACUUCAGCUUCUGGAUCUUCUGGUGUAAUUAUAGGACUGAGUUUGGCCUUCGCGUUUGUCAUCUUAAUGAUCGUACUGAUCCUGCUGCUGCACUUCAAGAAGAAAAAAGGUGUAGAAUAUCAGACUCCUUCUACAGUACAUCAGGACACCAAUCAGCCUGCAGAUGGUGAUAACAUCUACGAAAAUGCUGAUAUCAGGACCACAGAUGAUUCUGCAGCUGGAACCAGCAAUAUGAUCCACUCACAGGAUGUCCACAGAAACAAGACACAAAAUGAUGCUGCUGCUGGACUGAGUGAUGUGACUUAUGCUGAUAUUGAACUGAAAAACAUAAAGAAGCCAAAGAGAAAACAAGGAAAGAGCAGUGAGGGAGCUGACACUGUUUACUCAGAACUGAAGCAGAACACAGAUAAAGAUGCUGCUGCUGGACCAAGUGAUGUGACUUAUGCUAAUAUUGAACUGAAAAACCAAAAGAAGCCAAAGAGAAAACAAGGAAAGAGCAGUGAGGGAGCUGACACUGUUUACUCAGAACUGAAGCAGAACACAGGUAAAGGUCCAUGAAGAAAGUCUAGAGUCUCCAAUCAAGAAUUGUUGAAACAGCUGAAGAACAUAUUUACAUAUUUAUACACAUAUUUUAGGGGGCACAUUGUAGUGUCUGGAAAGCUUGUUUUUUGCUUAAUACAAAACUAAGCAUUGUACCAACUCCUGAUAUGAAUGUUAAAGGAGGAAUAGGGAGCAAUUUUAAAAUUAUAUUUCCUUUUGUUCACAGUGGGUCAGAAUUGGCUUUAUCCAGGUUAAAUUAAGCUUCCAGUAUUCAGUCACUGGAUCAGAAUAAUUUAUAAGCUGGCAGUGUGGAUUACUAAGUGUUCACUCGUAUAUUGUAAUACUGAUCUUAAUGACAAAUAAAACAUGAAUAAAAAGUAUAUAUUGUUUCACAGUAAAAACUAGAUUUUUCUUACAUAUUUGUCAACAUUUAAUUUCUUACUGUAUGUGAAUUAUUUUAUUGAAGUUAAGAUUCAUUCAUGUUUUUUUUGUUUAUUUACUUAUUUAUGCUAUUUACCUAUUAGUGGAAUAAUCAGAUAUUUUGUCUUCACUGCUUUAAACAGUCAAUGAUGCAGUAUUGUCUUUGAGUGAGCGGCUCAUGGUCUUUUGGCACAUGGACUGAUAUUGUGUCUAAUUUUAUACCUUUAAUAUUUUUUUUAGUUUAGUGCCUCUAUAAUAUGUAAAAUCAUAUAUAUUUUUAAAUAAUUAUGUAAUACUAUAUAUAUUUCAUCCUAAAAAAUGUAAAGUAAUAGAUGUAAACAUUUUGUGUAAGAUAAUGCACUUUCUUUUGUUUUUCUCUGGUUUAUUGAUUUCAUCCAGCAGGAUGUGUUAAAUUUUACAGGAACAAAAGAAAUAUAAGUCUGUAUACAUGCUAUGUGAAGAGCUUUGAAUAAAAAUUACUUUUAGCAAAAUCUUAUUAUGGAAUUUGUAUGAUUGUGUUUUGCAUCUUUCAUUAUUCUGUUCUCAUGUAUUAUUAUUAUUAUUAUUAUUAUUAUUAUUAUUAUUAUUAAGUAUUAUAUUCCAAACUAUAUAUUUAGUAUAUAUUAGUGGUGAAUAUUAUAAUAUUUUGUCUGGCCUCCAUGAUUUUUAAGAACAGCACCAACUCUUCUGGACAUGGAGUGAACAAGUUGGUGACAUACUGCCACGUCUAUCUUUCUCCAUUCUUGGAGAAUGAGCUCUUUCAGAGCCUGGAUGCUGGACGGAGAAUGAUGCUCGACCUGUCUUUUCAGAACUCCUCAUAGGUGUUCUACUGGGUUGAGGUCUGGUGAAAAACUUGGCCACUGAAUCACUUUCACCCUGUUCUUCCUCAGAAAUACAGCACUGACCUUGGCUGUAUGUUUUGGGUCAUUAUCAUGUUGAAAGAGUGCACGGUGACCCAGAGUGCAGAGAGAUGGUAGCAUCUUCUCUUUCAGUAUUUUGCAGUAUAUCUGUGAAUUCAUGAUGCCAUCAAUGAAGUGCAAUUCCCCGACACCUGCAGCACUCAUACAACCCCACAGAAGAACACUGUCACUGCCAUGCAUUACUGUGGGUACCAUGCAUUUUUCAUUGCACUCUUCCCCCUUGCGACGCCAUACAGUUUGGAUGCCAUCAGUUCCAAAAAGAUUUACCUUUGUCUCAUCAGACUAAAGUACGGAGUCCCAAUAUUCUUCACCUUUGUCAACAUGGGCCCUAGCAAAUGCUAAAUGGGCUUUUGUACGCAGGGGCUUUAGCAGUGGCUUCCUUUGUGGACAACAUCCUUGCAUGCCACUCCUGUGCAGCAUACGUCGUAUCGUUUCACAUGAAACAGUCACCCCAGUUUGGCUUUCUGCAGCUUUAGCUAACUGUGAUGAACUUGCAUGGUGAUUUGCCUCAACUCUUCUUAGGACAAAACGCUCAUCUCGAGGUGUUAAUUUCCAUGGACGGCCUGGAAGUCUCAGAAUGCUUGCCACAAGUCCAUAUUUUUUAAAUUUUUGAAUAACUUCCACUACUGUAUUCCAACUAAUGAACAAUGUUUUACUAAUUUUAUUGUAGCCCUGACCUUUUUUGUGUAAAGAAAUUACUCCAGACUCGUGACAUUUCUCUUUCAUGUGGUGCCAUAAUUGUCAGGUUUGAAUGGGAGGAGAUUUUAUAGGUUAAAUACCACCCUUAAUUGUCAGUUAUCUUGCAGCCACCUGUGUAAUGAUUGAUUUGACUCAUC